CGGGCGCAGCAGCCGACAGGAGCGAGCGCAGCCUCGUGCCCGCCGCCCGUGUCCGCCGCCCGUGUCCGCUGCCCGUGCCCGCCACCGCCACCACCGCUCCCGCCCCCGCCCCCGGGGCAUGGCCUGUCUGAUGGCCGCUUUCUCGGUCGGCACCGCCAUGAAUGCCAGCAGUUACUCUGCAGCCAUGAUGGAGCCCAAGUCGGUGUGCGUCUCGGUGGAUGAGGAGCUCUCCAGCCACAUGGAGGCCACGGAGACGGACUUGCUGAACGGACAUCUCAAGAAAGUGGACAACAGCCUCACCGAGGCACAGCGCUUUUCCUCCCUGCCGCGGAGGGCGGCUGUGAACAUAGAGUUCAAGGACCUUUCCUACUCUGUUCCCGAAGGCCCCUGGUGGAGGAAGAAAGGAUACAAGACCCUCCUUAAAGGAAUCUCUGGGAAAUUCAACAGUGGGGAGCUUGUGGCCAUCAUGGGUCCAUCCGGGGCUGGGAAGUCCACGCUCAUGAACAUUCUGGCUGGAUACAGGGAGACCGGCAUGAAGGGGGUGGUGCUCAUCAACGGCCUGCCCCGGGACCUGCGCUGCUUCCGGAAAGUGUCCUGUUACAUCAUGCAGGACGACAUGCUGCUGCCCCACCUCACCGUGCAGGAGGCCAUGAUGGUGUCCGCGCAUCUGAAGCUCCAGGAGAAAGAUGAAGGCAGGAGGGAGAUGGUCAGGGAGAUCCUGACAGCUCUGGGCCUGCUUUCAUGUGCCAACACGCGGACAGGGAGCCUCUCCGGGGGCCAGAGGAAGCGCCUGGCCAUCGCGCUGGAGCUGGUGAACAAUCCCCCGGUCAUGUUCUUUGACGAGCCCACCAGUGGCCUGGACAGCGCCUCCUGCUUCCAGGUGGUCUCCCUGAUGAAAGGGCUGGCUCAGGGGGGCAGAUCCGUCAUUUGCACCAUCCACCAGCCCAGCGCCAAGCUCUUCGAGCUGUUCGACCAGCUUUAUGUCCUUAGUCAAGGACAAUGUGUAUAUCGGGGGAAAGUCUCAAAUCUUGUACCGUACUUGAGGGAUUUAGGUCUGAACUGCCCUACCUACCACAACCCAGCUGAUUUUGUCAUGGAGGUCGCGUCUGGCGAGUAUGGUGACCAGAACAGUCGCCUGGUGAGAGCCGUCCGGGAGGGCAUGUGCGACCCAGACUUCAGGAGGGAGCCUGGCGGGGAUGCCGAGGUGAACCCCUUCCUCUGGCACCGGCCCUCCGAAGAGGUAAAGCAGGAGAAACGAUUGAAGGGGUUGAGAAAGGAUGCCAGCUCCAUGGAGGGCUGUCACAGCUUCUCGGCCAGCUGCCUCACCCAGUUCUGCAUCCUCUUCAAAAGGACCUUCCUCAGCAUCAUGAGGGAUUCGGUCCUGACGCACCUGCGGAUCACCUCCCACAUUGGAAUCGGCCUCCUUAUUGGCCUGCUCUACUUGGGGAUCGGGAAUGAAGCCAAGAAGGUCUUGAGUAACUCUGGCUUCCUCUUCUUCUCCAUGCUGUUCCUCAUGUUCGCCGCCCUCAUGCCCACUGUUCUCACAUUUCCCCUGGAGAUGGGAGUAUUUCUUCGCGAACACCUGAAUUACUGGUACAGCCUGAAGGCCUACUACUUGGCCAAGACCAUGGCCGACGUCCCCUUCCAGAUCAUGUUCCCCGUGGCCUACUGCAGCAUUGUGUACUGGAUGACGUCGCAGCCUUCUGAUGCCGUGCGGUUCGUCCUGUUUGCUGCACUGGGCACCAUGACCUCACUGGUGGCCCAGUCACUGGGCCUGCUAAUCGGAGCCGCAUCCACGUCCUUGCAGGUGGCGACCUUUGUGGGGCCUGUCACGGCCAUCCCUGUCCUCCUCUUCUCGGGGUUCUUCGUCAGCUUUGACACGAUCCCAGCCUACCUGCAGUGGAUGUCCUACAUUUCCUAUGUCAGGUAUGGCUUCGAAGGGGUCAUCCUCUCCAUCUAUGGCCUCAACCGAGAAGAUCUGCACUGUGACAUUGACGAGACGUGCCACUUCCAGAAGUCAGAGGCCAUUCUCCGAGAGCUGGACGUGGAGAACGCCGAGCUCUAUCUGGACUUCAUUGUCCUCGGGGCUUUCUUCAUCUCCCUGCGCCUCAUUGCCUAUUUUGUCCUGAGAUACAAAAUCCGGGCAGAGAGGUAAGCACCUGAAUGUCCCUGGAGAGGAAAACUAGACAUUGUGGCCAAGGGCACCUUCCGGAAUCGCGGCGGUGAGCCCGUGCCUGGUGACGCAGAGACUGCUCUGAUCCGACUCCUGGAAGCAUGCUGGCUCGGCAGGUGUCUUGUGCUGGACUUCGCACAGCCGGGGUGGGUCUUCUCUCCAUUGCCCUUUCCAGCUUUAACUAGGAAGAAGAUGUGGAAAGGUUUUUUUUUUUUUUUUCACAUGCAGAAUUUAAAAAUACCAGAACUGGGGCAGAAUUUGAAGCUACAGAGCAGCUGGUGAUGAGUGGCUUCUGCGGUCAGAUCCCUCCUGUGACCAGGUCACUGGUCCCGGUCUGGGUCAGGCAGCUCUCAGCUGACAGCUGUGCAGCUGGACGUCCUGGGGAGGCAGGCUGAGUGAGGAGGGAUUCCGUCUACAACUGUUGUUUUUCAUAGUUACAUCUUUUUACGGUUUGUCUCUUUUUCCAAUGAGAAGUCAUUUUCCAAGCCAAAAGUUGAUAAUUUUCAUUUGUUUUAAGAAACUAUGUCUUUUUAGUACUUGUUGAAGAAAACAUUCAGGAUAAAUACGUAUCGUAUUUAGAGGUAUAAGGGGUGUAUUGCUGAGCUGGUCUCGCUUACAGAGAGAAGGUAUGGAAGAUGCAAAUGCAGGUUGAGAGAAGGCUUUGGAAACUAUAUGCGCCAAGCCAUGCACAAAUUUUAAAAAGUUAUACAAAAAGCUUACGAUGAACAUGGCCAACUCUUUCAUUUUCCCCAUGCUUAUGUUAAGCAGAAUACAUUGUUUCUUCCUUCCUAACUUUCUGAGAACUUUCAUUUUGCCCAAAACAUUUCUAGAAGCUCAACCUUCUUGAUUUUUUACGAACACUUUCUCUGCUCGUGUAUCACACCAGCUCCCGCCACUGAACCUGGGAAAGCUGGGCAGAGGGAAUCCUGGGUGUGGGCUGGGGGCUCUGCAGGUGAGCCUGGGACAAGGUCACUGCAUGAGGGCAGAGGCUGCAGCUGCGCUGGAGCCCACGGCUGUGCAGACAGAGCCACGGAGCGGCCAAGGGGUCGGACCCCUGACACACCGGGCCGAGGUGUGGGCGAGCCCAGCUCGCCCCCCUGCUUUCCCGACCCCUCAGCUGCGCCGUCUUCUCGCUGCUGGGCUUGUGUAGACUUCACCCAGGAAUCCCCUCCUGGCCGUGAUGCAGUCUCCUCGGGAAUCUCGCGGGCAGGGACGGCGGUCACAUCUGCAGGACAGAAGGCCUUCGGCAUCACUAGGGUACACGGGCACGGGCCCGAGCCAGCCACCAGAGGCUUGGGGCCACUGGUGGACAGGGGUUGCAGCCACACAAGGUCAUUUGAAGGAAGAAUAUCAUUAUCCUGGAGUUGGGGGUCUUCUGAGGAAAGAUGGUGUUUUUGUGGGGAAACCCAUUUGCCCCUCUGAGCCUCAGUUUCCUCAUCUGUACAUGGCAGCAUUUGAUGGCCUUCAAGGCCGUUUUCAGCUCUAAAGGGUUCUUCUCCCCUGGGGUUAUGUUCCCAAAGCUCUACUUCCUCCUUUAAGAGAUGGAAAGAGCUUAGGUUUUCCUUGCACCCGGAUUUGGUCGCAAGUGCUUGGAGGCCCCUUUCCACCCUUAGAUGCUCUUUAGUGAGCCCAGCGAGGACACUUCAAAGCAAUUUUCAGUUUGCUUGUUCUGCUCCAAGGUGGCGUCGCCUUCCAGAUUAAGUUAUUAAGCAGGGACAAUCUUGGCCUUUCUGAGUCUUUAUUUCAAGACAGACCUUCCUGUACCGCAUUGCAAAGGAGCCCCGCAUAGGAUAGCCAGUGAGAUAUGGCGGGGAGUGGGGGGGGGACAGGAAAGGUCUUGGAUUAUGUCUCAGAUGACAUCAGGUGCGGUCAGAGUUUAAAGGCCUCUUUCUCCCCAAGUGAGCCCUCUCAGUGGCACAUCUGUGACCCACUAAGGGCGUGCAUGCUCGGGCCCGCACCAUGUAGGGCCCCUGUCCCCAGGCCACGGCGGUUCCUCUCUUUCUCUUCAUGAGCCUCUGGCAGACUUUCUUCAGGCUCAGAUGUUCAUCCCCAGGUAUUUUCCUUCUGCCGUCAUUUUCAGGUAGUUUGAUAACACGCUGAAUUCUAGUGGCCUCAGACACUGUCCGAGCAACCUCUGGACUAGUCUCUCUGAGCCGCUGUGGUUCAGAGGCAGGCGAUGUGCUGUCUUUCACUCACUGGAAUUUAAACCGGCCAACUCCCCAAAUCCAAUUCUUUUAGGUAAUUUCUGAUGUAGCAACUCGGGCCUCCUUUCACCUCUGUGCAGAGUCUUUGCAUAGAAGGAAGGGUUAGGCCUUGGAUGCAGGGUGCGCAGCCUCCCCAGGUUAGAGCAGGUGAGCGUGAAAACCCCAGGGACAUGCCCACGAGGAACUGGUCAGCAGGGGCGGUGCCACGGGCUCUGCUGCUGCUCUCGCCCCGCCUCCACGCCAGCCAGGUCUCUGCUGGCCCCUCAUCUUGGGACCUGCCACCUCUGUACGCACUCAGAGCAGUUUGUGCUUUCCCCACUUUGCCCAGGAAGGGAAGAAACCUUUUACAUAGAAGAGGCUGGACUCCCAUGGAGUCACCUUGGGGGAGGGACCUUCAGGACCAGGAGUGGGACGUAAGCUUUCAGGUAAAAGCUCAUCCUACAGGUCCACAGGAAGCCAUUCCCCUCCCCGAGGGAGGGGUAGCCAGGGGGUCAGGGGCAGGCCCAGGGGGCAGAAAUCGCCUUAGGGUCCCACCGAGGAGAGAGCGUGGGCCCCAGUGCACUGAGCGUUCUGGGCUGCUGGGCACUCUGAGCACCGCGCUGGACACCUCACACGUCCCUCUGGUCACCUUCUCGCUCGGCCGACUGUUACGGGCCAUCCCCAGGUGCUCGGUACUGUCCCAGGCCUGGGGACUUGGGGAAGGGAACCCAGAUGGGCUCGCCCUCCACUGCAGGCCGGUAGGACAUCUGUUCCCUGUGCGGGUGCAGGACGCCAAGGCUGAACGAGAGCUAGGAUGCUCUGGGGCCCGGGGUCAGGAAAGAGCCGAGAUGGAUUUGAGGCCCAGUGUGACCCUAAAACCCCUAUUUUUUUACUUUGCCAUAUUGCCUCCUGCUCAUAGUGUGUAAACAUACACAGAAAUGCUCUGUAAGGUGUGAAGUGCAAUACUAGUUUCAUGGCUCUUCGUUUUGGACUUACUGUCACCAAACAGCUGAGAUGGGAGGGUGGCCUGCCCCCUUGUCCCUAGUCAUCUCGUCCUGUGCUGACCCAGGGGGACAGAGUCCACUCCUUGGUGAUGGCAGCCGCCUUCCUUGCCCUUCCUGGGUCUUAGCUCCCUGACGCAGCGCACCUGUGGGCUAGCUGGGGCCAGAGAGGGAGGGCCGGGAGUGCCCACAUGCAUGUGCGGGCAUACACCUGUGUGUGUCCCGGUGUGUGUCUCAUAGUGUCAGUCUGUGGCGUUUCCUUGUCUCUGAUCCUCAAUUGUCCUUCACUCCAAGAAGGAAAGAAAGAUUUUUGUAUCGUGCAGAUAGUCAAGGCGUUGUCAAAACCUUUUAAGGCUUUAAACACAUGCCGGGUCAUUUAGAAGGUGACAAAGAGGAAAGCAAAAUGCCCAGGUGGGGGAGGCUUGAGUGUAUGAAUGUAAAGUUAGAUACUUUAAGAAAUAAAGACUGCUAAUAAAAUAUUUUAUAUAAAACUUU